AUCAAGAAUUCCGCGCUAACUUCGAGGAUGGAUGUUGGAGCCGACGUAGUGCACUGCGAAGAUUGCAUAAAGCAAUGCAUAUUUUACUCGAUAUAUCACUCGAUUCUGUUCUGCGUUCCGAUUUUGCUGCCGCGAUCCAGUUUGCUGCUGCGAUCCGAUUUGGUAUGCCUCUCAGGACUGAAUAAUAUAGAUAAUGUCCCCUGUCGUCUCCUACAUCCUUUGUACCUGCAUCUCUUGUCAUUUAAUUUAUGUGAUAUACAAGACUCUCAGACUACAAAAAAAAUGAAAUUCGAUAGACUGGAAGAUUUAAUAGUUCCGUGCAAAAUGUCUCUAGACACCAUACCGCCGGAGAUUUAUCAGAUGAUCUUGAAAGAGGUAAAUACUUUGUCCUGUGUUAGAACCAUAGAUCUCUAA